UGAAAAAAAUCAUCAAUAACACAAUAAAAAAACACUACAUAAUAGAAAUGAAACUUUAAAGCCAUGCGGUGUUUAUAAGUAGUAAUGAGAUGGCUUUGAAAUCAUUAAAUAAUUGCCAGAACACAAUGGAGAGGAGGAGAGAGCGAGAGUCGUCAUGUUUACAAGGAACAGAUUUAUCCUUCCCGUGGCUUGCCUUCAAAUAUGUUUCCUUGUGUGUCUCUCCAGCGGCAUGUCGGACCAAGAAAUAAGAAGGCUAAGGGAUGAGGUGCGUGGGAUGUUCUACCAUGCUUACGAUGGCUACAUGCGGCAUGCCUAUCCCUAUGAUGAGUUACGGCCUCUCUCCUGCGACGGCCAUGACACCUGGGGGAGUUACUCCCUGACACUGAUUGACGCGCUGGACACCCUGGGUGUCAUGGGCAACAAGACAGAGUUCCAGCGAGUUGUGGGUCUCAUCCUAGAGCGGACCAACUUUGACGUCAACAUUAACGUCUCUGUUUUUGAGACCAACAUCAGAAUCCUUGGUGGCCUGCUCAGUGGUCACCUCAUGUCCCGAAGGAUGGGUUGCAAGGUGGAGGAGGGCUGGCCAUGCUCCGGGCCUCUCCUGAGGAUGGCGAAGGAUGUGGCAGACAGACUCCUUCCUGCCUUUGACACCCCUACAGGCAUGCCUUAUGGGACGGUGAACCUGCGCGAGGGAGUGCCUGACGGAGAGACUCCCAUUACCUGCACAGCGGGCGUUGGCACCUAUAUUGUGGAGUUUGGCACGUUAUCCAGGCUGACUGGCGACCCUGUGUAUGAGGAGGUGGCAUUAAGAGCAAUGCAUGCCCUCUGGAAUCACAGGUCAGCAAUCAACCUUGUAGGGAACCACAUUGAUGUCCUGACUGGGAGGUGGACAGCUCAGGACUCGGGUAUAGGUGCUGGCAUUGACUCUUAUUUUGAAUACAUGGUGAAGGCAGCAGGACUCUUGCAACGGCCGGAGCUGAUGGCUGUCUUUAAGCAGGCAUGGGCAGCCAUUGAGAAGCACCUGCGCCAUGAGGACUGGUAUUUGUGGGCCACCAUGACUAAGGGUUAUGUCACCAUGGCUGUCUUCCAGUCCCUUGAAGCUUACUGGCCGGGUGUCCUCACUCUUGUUGGUGAUGUGAACACUGCACAAAGGAUAGUCUACAAUUACCAUCAAGUGUGGAAGCAAUUUGGCUUCACACCAGAGUUUUACAACAUUCCACAGAGUGAGGCGCCAAACAACCGUGAGGGUUACCCACUACGGCCUGAGCUGGUGGAGUCCCUGAUGUAUCUCUUCCAGGCCACCAAAGACCAUAACUUGCUGGAAAUGGCGGCUGAUAUUGUGGUCAGCAUCCAACACUCGGCCAAGACGGAGUGCGGCUAUGCAACAGUGAAGAAUGUUAAUGACCACACUAUAGAGAACCGUAUGGAGAGCUUCUUUCUGGCCGAGACCACCAAGUAUUUGUACCUCAUCUUUGACCAUGACAAUUGGAUACACAACACGGGCAGAAGUGGUCAUGCAGUGAUGGUCAAUGGUCGACAUUGUGUAGUGGAGGCAGGAGGUUAUGUUUUCAAUUCAGAGGCUCACCCGGUGGAUCCUGGUGCCCUGGCUUGCUGCUCUAUGAGGGAAGAUGACUGGUCGCUGCCUUUAGCUGACCAAGUGGCCCUUAUCUUGGACCCAACAGCUCCAUGGAAGGGCCACUUGGGACACAGAGUAAAGGAAGAGAAAGAGGACUGCAGCACUGAUGACAAACUGUCAUACCAGGAGACUAAUCAAGAAAUAGAGGAAAGUGAAGUGGAAGAAGCACCUCACACUACGCAGCUUGGAGAAGGCAGUGUAGUAAUCCUGCAUGGUAAUGGUAAAAUACUAGCUGCAACAGAGGUUCCCAAAGAAACUAAAAGUGAAGGAGAGAAACCAUUACCUAUCCCAUCAGCAGCAAGGACACCACAGCCUCAGGGGCAAGGUAUGGAGGAGAGCCCCAGUGUGAUCAUUGAUUACGCAAACAAAUACAUUGAGAAAUUAAAGGAAGCCAGUGAGAGCAAGCCUGUAACAAGUGGCUUAGGAAGUGGUAGUACGACUGAUGGGGAAACUGAAGUAAAGGAAAGGCACACAACUCAUAGGGAGAUUCUGGUAGGAGAUGACACUGGUUCUUCAGGAAUUAUGAAAAAGGACAGUGUGGGGCCACGAUUCUCUUCACUGAGCGAGGCAGCGGAGAGAGGGGGCAACACUUCAGGCAUGGAGGCGGCAAGCAUUUCCCCAAGUGUUUCCAGCUCCAAGUACAACACCUCACCAGGCAGCCCUCGGAUCAUCCCCAAGACCCCCAAGACUCCAACCCCGCCCAUCAAGAAGGAGUUUGUGCUUGCAGACCUCAAGGAGAGACUUGUUAUUGACCUCAGCAGUUAUAGAAACUUAACAAAAACAACCAGUUACUCCCUGCUCUCCUGCCCUCAUCCUCCCUUCACUAGAAUGCUCAAUUUCAAGGGUCAGAUGUUUUACCCUUGAGGCUCUAUUGAAUGUACAUACGAAUUCCAUUUUGGAGUAAUACAUAAAAGUUCAGUCCAGCCAUGGGAGAGGGAAAUGGUGACUUUGUGAUAUGCAUUUGAGGGUACAGGGUUAGUGAAGGUUAUAGGUUAAUUUGUAUAAGAAAUUCCAUUGUUAUAUUUAAUUUUUUAUGUGUGCAUGUGUAUGUAUGUAGCUGGAUGUGUUUGGUGAAUGUGUUUAGGCGGUGUAUAAAGGUGAGUGCACAUAAUUAACCUAAAACUAUUGGAGUUACAGAUGUUCAACUUGUAUUUAUUGGUUCUUGAGAUCCCUUUUGGUGUGACUACUACUACUUAACCACACCACUCUUCAGUUUUAAGAAUACUCUCACUAUUUUGCUGCAAGUCAUAGAUGAUGGUUGAAAUGGAUGAAAUCUGGGAACCUCUUCCCUUACUUUCAUUCUCAGGAUUGUGGUAUGUGCCUUGGCUACCUCCUAUAAGGAAUGUUGGUCUAAUGUACAGGUAUGAUUGUCUGCUCUUGGUUAGCAACCUUUAAGGGAUAUGUUGAGUCAGGAUUGAUGGGUAAACCUUCUGUUAACAUACAGAAAGGACUCUAGUCCUUAUUUAAGGUUGUCAGUGGUUGUACCAUGUGGGACAUAUGGCCACAUCACUCACUAUUGACACUUUUGUUAUCCCAGGGAGCUUUUGGUAUAACAUUAUGUUCCUCUUAUCAGAGUGAGUCUUUAAUGAAAGGCAUCUUACUAGUUUGAGUGCUUAUAGUUAAAUGUCAUUAGGUAAAUAUAUAUAAAUAUAAUAUUAGCAAGUGUUGGAAAAAAAUUUGUACAGGAUGAUACUAGAGUUGAAAUCUUUAUCAUUAUAUUAAAAGAACAAAAUGA